CUGCACUCCAGCCUGGGUGACAAAGCGAGACUCUGUCUCCAAAAACAUAAAAAUCAAUAUGCAUAAGGCAUGGCAGUAUAGUAUGGGAAAGGAAAGGGAGUUGAGGUUCACAGCACAUUCUGAGGCUGUAUUUUAAGAUGAGAGGAAAAGGGAAAGAAGGAGGAAGAAAAAAAAAGAUUUAAAAUGCGGUUUGAGACUCAGCUGCUAAGCUGCUGGUUACAUACUCUGGGACUCAAUUUCAGGAGUCAGAAUCUGGCCCCUAAACUUGGGAAUAUGUUUAACCUCCUGAAAGGGGGUUUCCUGCUGUACUGUGGCUGAAGCUUCUCUGAACUAAUUUAGGUUUUUUUCUUUUCCCCUCUUUUGAUUCCAUUAUAGAAGAUUGCUGCCAUAUAAUUCCAGGUUUUCCAUGCACUUAACAAUUUUAUUUCAUUGUUGAUGGGUUUUUAUUUUCUGAUCUGAGAAUGAGAGAUAAGGUGGGUUAAAGGCUUGGCCAUGCAGCCAGUAGCUUCAUCCCAAAUUCCUGAUGCCCGGAAGACACCAGGCCUUCCCUCCUGCUUCAGAGUGGUUUGUGUGGCCUGGGCUCCCCUCCUGCUCUGAAGCCAGAAGACAGCUCCACUGGGCAGUGAGUCUGGAAUUCUCUGCACACGUUUAUGGGUCCCCGUCAAGGAAGAAAGAGCAGGAAGAGCCCAUUGAGUACAGGCAGAAAAUUCCGCUUAAAUGCAAAUGUAUACUGGGAGGGGUCAGGUCAUAGCGAAGGGCGGAAGCCGACCCUACCAAGGGCUGCAUCUGGAACGGCUCCAUCUGGAAUGGCUCCAAUCGGCUGUGCAAGAACACUUCUUCUGUCAAUCAGUCCCCCGGUGGGGCGGAACUUGGAGCUCUACCCAAUCAUGGUUGGUGGCGAGUUCAUGGGAACUGUCAAUCAGGCGCGCUACCGGGAGGAGGGUGGAGCCUUCUCUGAGCUCCGGCUCCCGGCUUUGUUGCUAAGAGACUCUCUGGCAGGUCAGUGGCCGGUUCUGUCACACUCAGUCCUAUACUGGCAGCGGUAGCCUUGGGGAGAACCCGGGAAAUGGAUUCAGUAGCCUUUGAGGAUGUGGCUGUGAACUUCACUCAGGAAGAGUGGGCAUUGCUGGGUCCAUCACAGAAGAGUCUGUACAGAGAUGUGAUGUGGGAAACCAUCAGGAACCUGGACUAUAUAGGAAUGAAAUGGGAAGACACAAACACUGAAGAUCAGCACAAAAAUCCCAGGAGAAGCCUAAGAUGUCAUAUUGUAGAGAGAUUCCGUGAAAGUAGCCAGAUUUCAGAUAGUAUUGUGGUUGAAAAAACUCCUGGAGUAGAUCCAUGUGAAAGCAGUGUGCAUGGAGAAGUCAACAUGGAUUGUUCAUUCCUUAAUUGCAUCACAUUUGAUGCUGGACACAAACCAGGUGAGUGUCAGGAAUAUGGAGAGAAGCCACAUACAUACAAACAAUGUGGGACAGCCUUCAAUUAUCACCACUCCUUUCAAACACAAGAAAGACCUGACACUGGAAAGAAACGCUAUGAUUGUAAGGAAUGUGGGAAAACCUUCAGCUCUUUGGGAAACCUUCGAAGACACAUAAUAGUGCAACGUGGAGGUGGACCUUAUAAAUGUAAGUUGUGUGGAAAAGCCUUUUUUUGGCCUAGUUUAUUUCAUAUACAUGAAAGAACUCACACUGGAGAGAAACCGUAUGAAUGUAAGCAGUGUUCUAAAGCCUUCCCUAUUUACAGUUCCUUUCUAAGACAUGAAAGAACACAUACUGGGGAGAAACCAUAUGAAUGUAAGCAGUGUUCUAAAGCCUUCCCCGAUUCCAGUUCCUUUAUAAGACACAAAAGAACUCACACUGGAGAAAAACCCUAUAAAUGUAAACAAUGUGGAAGAGCCUUCAGUGUUUCCAGUUCCCUUCGAAUACAUGAAAGAACUCACACUGGAGAGAAACCCUAUGCAUGUAAGCAAUGCGGGAAGGCAUUUCAUCAUCUGGGAAGCUUUCAAAGACACAUGAUAAUGCACACUGGAGAUGGACCCCAUAAGUGUAAGGUAUGUGGGAAAGGUUUUGAUUGUCCUAGUUCACUGCAAAGUCAUGAAAGAACUCACACUGGAGAGAAACCCUAUGAAUGCAAGCAGUGUGGGAAAGCAUUAUCUCAUCGCUCAAGCUUUCGAAGUCAUAUGCUAAUGCACACUGGAGAUGGACCUCACAAAUGCAAGGUAUGUGGGAAAACCUUUGUUUAUGUCAGUGUAUUUCAAAGACAUGAAAGGACUCACACUGGUGAGAAACCCUAUGAAUGUAAAGUAUGUGGUAAAGCCUUCCGUAUUUCCAGUUCCCUUCGAAGACAUGAAGCAACUCACACUGGAGAAAAACCCUAUAAAUGCAAAUGUGGGAAAGCCUUUAUUAAUUUCUAUUCCUUUCAAAAUCACAAAUCAACUCACACUGGAGAGAAGCCAUAUGAGUGUCAGGAAUGUGGGAAGGCUUUCAGUUGUUCCACAUACCUUUCUCAGCAUAAAAGGAUCCACACAGCUGAAAAACCUUAUGAGUGUCAAACAUGUGGGAAAGCUUUCAGUCAUUUUGGUAACUUAAAAGUCCAUGAAAGGAUUCACACUGGAGAGAAGCCGUAUGAAUGUAAGGAAUGUGGGAAAGCAUUCUCUUGGCUCACUUGUCUUCUGCGACAUGAAAGAAUCCACACUGGAAAGAAAUCUUAUGAGUGUAAACGAUGUGGUAAAGCCUUCACUCGUUCUCGUUUCCUUCGAGGACAUGAAAGGACUCACACUGGUGAGAAGAGGCAUGCAUGUAAGGAAUGUGGGAAGGCGCUGAGUUCCCUCCGUUUCUUGCAUAGACAUAAAAGGACUCACUGGAGAGAUACUCUCUAAGUGUGGGAAAGCAUUCAUUAAUUUUAUUUCAUUUCAGAAACAUGAAAGAAAUCACAUAGGAAUAAGCCUCAUGAAUGUAAACAGAUGGUAAAGCCUUAAGAUGUUUCUUUCGAAUAUGGUUAUUACUGAGCCAUAUGCAGGGGAUUGGUUCCAGACCCCCUAAGCACACCUAAAUCCACAGAUGCUGUGUCCCUUUUAUAAAGUGACUUUUGCAUGUAACCUAUCUGCAUCCUGUAAAUCAUGCCUACAUUACUUAAUUUUUCACCAACCCAAAGUUUUUGUAAAAGUAAAAAUAAAAAGUAGAUUACUAAAAUA